AUGGACGGGAAUCAUGGCGAAGACAAAAUCAAAGACUCCAGACAUGGUGAUGCGCCAUUACAUUCUGUUUAUGUGAAAUCUAAUGAAUUGGAGAUGGUCAUACAAAAUCCUGUCACGACAAUCAUGAGUUCGUCUGCGAAAAUAUCAGAAGAAUAUCCAAGUAAUAAGCCCUCCCAAAACUUGGAAGCUACUAAUAAAGCUAGUGUCACAACACAACAAUCACUUUCAGCAUUGUAUUUGUCGAAUAUUUCUAAUCCAUUAAGUACAUUACACAAUCUAAAUAUGGGAUUGCGACACACUUCCGCUAUCGACCACUAUCGUGUACAAUUGUACAACUAUGCGAUUAAUAUGGAACGGUUUCGAUAUCCUCAGUAUAAUCCAUCUACUGCAAUCAGAUUUUCAUUACCUAUAUUUCCACAGCGUUUCUUUCCGCAAGAAGAACCAAAGCCACAACAUAGUUACAUAGGAUUAAUUGCUAUGGCUAUACUUAGCUCUCCUGACUCAAAGCUCGUUCUAUCAGACAUUUAUCAGUAUAUUCUAGAUAAUUAUCCAUACUUUCGAACGAGAGGGCCAGGCUGGCGCAAUUCCAUACGUCAUAAUCUUUCUUUAAAUUACUGCUUUAUUAAGUCUGGUCGAAGUGCCAAUGGUAAAGGCCAUUAUUGGGCAAUACAUCCUGCCAACAUAGAUGAUUUCCGAAGAGGCGAUUUCCGUAGACGAAAAGCACAACGUAAAGUUCGAAAACAUAUGGGUCUCUCUGUAGACGAUCAAGAUAAUGAUUCACCGAGUCCACCACCAUUGGACUUAACUUCACCGCCGUCUCCACAGCCAAUAUCAUCGGUAUCAUCAACUGCUCCAAGCUCAGCUGAUAACUUAUACACCAAACCGCGAAAAAGACAGUUCGAUGUUGCCUCAUUGUUGGCACCGGAGACUAUAACUAAUAUUCCGAAUUCUGUUGGAAUAGCUAAAACAGAGCACACAUUCAUCACAAAAGUAAGCGUGCAACAAAGUAUUCAGCAGAAUAUAAUGGUGGCACCGCAAUUCAAGCAGCCUCUGCAAUCACAAAGUAUAAAUGCCGAAGAGGAUAUCGAUGUUGUUGCCAGCGAUGUGGAGCACGAGAACAAUAUAAGUCUCCAGGAUGAUUUUUAA